AUGAUUCUAUUUAUUAUAUGCAUUGGUCUUACGACUUAUUAUCUCUACCUACUGUGGCAACGCUACCAAUAUUUUAGUCGACGAGGUAUUCCUACACCACCUUUUCGAUUCUUUUAUGGUCAUUUAAAAACAUUAUGGAAUGCUGCAUCUUUUCAUCGUCAGUUAGAAACUUGGACACAACAGUAUGGUAAAAUAUAUGGAAUUUAUCAAGGAACUGCUCCUACUUUAGUUGUUAGCGAUCCUGAUUUUCUUCAAGAAGUUUUUAUCAAACAAUUUUCUGUUUUUCCCGGUCGACGAGAGUUAUUAACAGGCAAAAUUCCUAAUCUCUUUUCUUCAUCGGGUCCAUCAUGGCAUCGAUAUCGUCAUGUCAUCAAUCCAACAUUUUCUGCAGCUAAAUUAAAAAUGAUGAGUCCUCUUAUCAAUGGAUGUAUAAGUAAUGUAAUGGAUAAAUUUGACGAUCAUGUACGCAAUGGCAAUGAAUUUAAUAUCUAUAUAUACUAUAAACGAAUGACAAUGGAUGUUAUAUGUCGAUGUGCAUUUGGUAUUGACACCGAUAUACAAAACAAUCCAGACAAUAUAUAUUUGAAGAAAAUUGACGAAUUUUUUGCUCGUGGCUUUCAAAUGGAUGGUUUUCAUAAAUUUGCUCAACUUGCACCUGAAAUAGCAAAUAUCAUUACUGAAAUGUAUUUUGGACUCAACAACGUAAAAGUCUUCCUCAAUACACAUAUUCUACCAUUAAUAUCAACAAAGCGAUUAGAUGAACUUUCAAAUAUGUGGCUUCUUACUCGUUUAGAUCCAAUUAUUGAGCAGCGACUAAAAACACCUACUUCACGAGUCGAUCUUCUGAAACUAAUGUUAGACGUGAUGACUGACGAACCAAUUAAUGAUCAAGUGCAGGAUAGCAACAGCAGCAAAGCAAAUCAUCGGCUAACUCGGAAAGAAAUUACCAUCAACAUUCUUGUCUUUAUGGCAGCAGGAUAUGAAACAACAUCUACCGCUUUGGCAUAUGCCACGUAUGCACUUGCUAAACAUCCUGAAGUUCUUCAGAAACUGCAGGCUGAAAUUGAUCGAUUUUUAUCGAGCGAUGAUAGUAUGUCUGACGAAGAAACAAAAAAAUAUCCAGAUUACGAUAUUGUGGCACAAAUGUCUUACCUAGAUAUGUUUGUUUCUGAAGUCUUUAGAAUGUAUCCUAUUGCAAAUGCUGCUAUUCAAAGAGAAGCAUCUUACGAUACGGUUAUAAAAGGAAUCAAAAUUGAAAAAGGUACCUUAGUGCAUGCUGAUAUUUUUACAGUCCAUUACGAUCCUGAAUUGUGGGGUCCUGAAGAUCCGUGUGUCUUCUAUCCUGAACGUCAUGCAACUAAGCGUCAUCCAAUGGCUUAUUUACCGUUUGGAGCAGGACCACGACAUUGUAUUGGCAUGCGCUUUGCAUUGAUUGAGAUCAAGAUCCUACUAAUAAGACUGCUUCAGGAAUAUACGAUUCUACCUGGUGAACACCUUGAAAGCAAACUCAACAUCCGUGAAUGGGGUCCCAUUGCACCGCGAGAAGUGUGGGUCACACUAGUAAAAAGAGAUGCUUAA